AUGCCACGCCGCCAGCAACAAGCCGGCGAUAUCUGUGGGAUUUUCAUCCACGCUGGUGCCGGCUUCCACAGUCUGCAGAACGAAAAAACCCAUCUGAAUGCGGUAAACGAUGCUGCCAAGGUCGGCAUGGCUAUCCUGAAGAAUGGAGGUGAUGCUGUUGAGGCCGUGGAGAUGGCGAUCCGGUUGUUAGAGGAUAAAGAAAUAACGAACGCCGGCUAUGGGAGCAACCUGACGGUACACGGCCAGGUCGAAUGUGAUGCUACGCUGGUUGAUCACUUCGGUCGGAGUGGUGCAGUCGGGGCAAUCUCUCAAGUCAAGAACCCAAUCGCCGUGGCACGCCUCGUUCUUGACGAUUCCACGAAACCCAUGUCACUCCACCGUGUUCCACCGAACCUCUUGGUCGGUGCUGGUGCCACAGACUACGCCGCCGAUAAAGGCAUUCCAAUUCUUCCCCCAGACUACCUGGUCUCGACGUCUGCGCGUGAUAGAUGGAGCAGAUGGCGAGAGGAGCUGGAUAACGCCACUCGAAGAGAGGCCCGCCGGGGCUCUCAGAGCCUGCCAUCUUCGUCGACAGAACCACCGGAUGACUGGGGCCGCUCUCCAACGCCCGCGCCUACUCCCCUGGGUCCUACCGGCUCACCACCAAGCCCGGGGAGACCCCUCAGUCUUGCACAAAUGCCACCAAUCGUGCGCCCACUGAUGGCCUCAACGGCUGAUGUACCAACAUUAUCACGUCCUGGCGGAGGUAGGGACCGAGGACAUCCUUCUUCUGUUUCCCCGUCCCAAUCAACAGCUGUCCACAACUCAUCAGACGGAAAUGCAUCGUAUGGUCACCCCGAGGCUGCCUCUGACGACAGCCUCCAAUGGCUAUCGUCUGCUCCCAAACGCCAGAAGUUAGAUGAUACUUUCGACGGCCCGGCUGGUGAGGGCUUCCGUUCCGGCAACACACCUCAGCCGUCGUUGAGGGCACCAGAACUCGCACAUGUUGACAACGAAGGGGAAGAUGAUAUACGGGACACGGUCGGCGCCAUUGCAAUUGACUGCUUCGGGCGGAUCGCCGCGGGUUCGUCUUCCGGCGGCAUUGGUAUGAAACAUAAGGGGCGUUGUGGCCCAGCCGCUCUUGUUGGCAUUGGCAGUGCCGUAGUCCCCAUUGAUCCACAAGAUCCCACCCAAACUUGUGUGGCCACAGUCACCAGUGGUACGGGAGAACACAUGGCCACUACGUCUGCUGCGGCCACGGCUGCCGAUCGGAUCUACAAUUCUGUGCGCAAGGAACAAGGACGGUUGGUGUCAUGCAACGAAGAUGAGGCGAUGCUGUCGGUCAUCAAGCACGACUUCAUGGCACAUCCUGGUGUGAGCAACAGCCCGUGUACUGGAGCCAUUGGCAUCAUGGCGGUCAAAAAGAGCCGUGACGGGAUCUAUUUCUAUUUCGGCCACAACACUGAUUCGUUUGCCCUUGCCUCGAUGCAUUCAGGCGAAAAAAAGCCGGUAUGCACCAUGUCACGCAGCCGCGGCCACGGCUCGAUCGCACAGGGAGGCAGAGUCUCUCGACUCGCCAAAUCCAGGUAG